GCGAGCCGCGCUUCCAAGUCGCCGAGUCGUGGUCGUCGCGCGUGCCUCCUUCCUCCGUCGGCGAGUUGCGCGCGCAAUUCACCGCUGAAUCGGGUCUAUCAGGGUAUCGCGCGCGCGGCGGGGAUGGCCCGAUAGAGCCGACAGAGAGCGAGCUGAAGAAGCGAGGCCGAGUGGGAGCGAGAGGGCAAACCGGUACACAGCGACGGCGGUCCGGCGCUCCGCGAUGGCUCGGCGGAGAGGGAGCGAACCCUGAAGAGAGCCCGCGCACUGCGAGCGCACGAGGAGGUGGUGGAAGCCUGGUUCGCGGAGGGGACGAAUAAAGUCGAGGAAACCCGGCACAACAUGUAGGCGUUGAUGGGCGGCGACGGGUUCCGCGAUGCCAUUCCCGCCCAUUCAGGAUCCAGCCCCUUUUUUGCCCGGGGGUCGCCGAGUCCUGGGCGAUUCCCUUCCACCAUAUCCUCCCGUCUCACCGGUCGAGAGACCAAGCCGUCCGGGUAGUCGGCAGUCUGUCACGGGGCGAAGAACGGGUACCACGGUAUACCCCGGCAGUUUUCCAGCGAGAGGACUUUUUUCAUUUCCGAGAGUCGCGCGGAGGCCGCGAGAGGCCGACCGGGGUCUCAGCACAGCGCAGCGUGUCUUGGUACUCUGCGACUGCCGCCGAAUCUCAGCAGCUACCGUUGUUCUCCAGAACUAACAGCUAAUUAACUAGCCGUCUACUUAUUAUUCUCUCUCUCUUUCUCUCUCUCUCUCUCUCUCUCUCUCUCUCUCUCUCUCUCUCUUUCUCUCUCUCUCUCUUUCUCUCUCUCUCGCUCGCUCGUCCGUGAUCUCGAGAGUGUAGUAGUAGUGCGCGAUAUCUAAAGCAACGGCCACGACCACGACGACUAGGACGAGCAAGUAAACGCGACUCCAAGAGCGAGCGGUCGCGAGGGACCACUCCGACUGCAGCAGCCACUCGUGUCAACUUUUCAUCGAAUCGCGCCGCGAAAUCCGCCAGGCGUCGACGCCGAGUGCGGCACCCCCGGGUCGGCCUCGAGAUGCUGACCGACAUGACGCCGGCGGCAGCUGGUCAACUCUAUCCCCAGCUACAGUCUAUCACGAAAUCACCGGUGCACGGACACGUGGAUCACCCGGGACUACGAGGCACGCCGCUGGCCAUGUUGGCGGCACAAUGCAACAAGCUGAGCAGCAAGAGCCCGCCGCCGCUGGCGGACGCCGCCGUGGGCAAGGGUUUCCACCCGUGGAAGAAGAGCCCGCAGAGUAGCGGCAGCUCGCCGCAGCACACCGGCGGCGGCGGGGGAGGGGGCGGCGGCGGCGGCGGCGGCGGCGGCGGUGGCGGGUGCACAACGACGGGAGUGAGCCAGCGACCGGCGGCGACGAGUAGCGCCGGCAGCACGAGCGGAGGUUACGCGCGGGCGCCGGUCACGUCUUGCGCGUCGACAGCACCGCAAUACGGUAGCGAGCUGUAUUUCCCCGGGACAGCGAGCGCCCAGCCAGCCGGCGACCCGCACCACCAUCAGAGUAGCUUGCUCGGCAAGGUCGAAGGCGCGACCCUGGGCUCGGUAUACGGCAGGCACCCAUACGAGUCGUGGCCGUUCAACGCGAUGCCCGGCGCUACGCACGGCGGUAUCAAAGCGAGCGACGGCUGGUGGGACGUGCACGGCGCGGCGACCGCCGGCGGCUGGCUGGACGUGAGCAGCACCGUCGGCGUCGGCGUGCACGCUGCGCAAAUGGCCAAUUACUCUGCCGACUAUUCGACGAGCCUCGCAUUGGCCGGCAAUCACCUGCUGACCACGGCGACGACCGCCGGUCACAAUCUAUUGCAAGACACGUACAAGUCGAUGCUACCGGGCGGGCCGCCCGGUUUCGGGCUGCACCACCACGCCGCCGCGACCGCCGCCGGCGCCGGCGCCGGCGCCGGUAGUCCCCAAGGCAGCGGCGGUGGCGUCGGUGUCGGCGGCGCCGGUGUGAGCCAAGCGCCGUCGCCGCGCUCACAGAGGCGCUACACCGGUCGCGCCACCUGCGAUUGCCCGAAUUGUCAAGAAGCCGAGAGACUCGGUCCCGCCGGCGUGCACCUCAGGAAGAAGAACAUCCAUAGCUGUCACAUACCGGGUUGCGGCAAGGUCUACGGGAAAACGUCGCAUCUGAAGGCCCACUUACGGUGGCACACUGCGGCACCUUCGAACCCACACCGGCGAAAAGAGAUUCGCCUGCCCGGUCUGCAACAAGCGGUUCAUGCGCAGCGACCAUCUCGCGAAGCACGUCAAGACCCACAGCAGCAGCAGCAGCAGCAGCGGCAGCAAGGGCAAGGGGGGAGCGGGGAGCUCGUCGGCAGAGUCCUGCUCAGACAGCGAGGACAACGGGAGUCAGCAGAGUCCCACUUCCAACUCGGUGCCGCAGCCGCAGCCGCCGCCGCAGCAGCAGCAGCAGCAGCAACCUCCACAGGCCCAGCAGCAGCAGCAGCAGCAGCAGCAGCAGCAGCUGGCGGCGGCGGCGGCGGCGGCGGCGGCGGCGGUGGGCCAGGACACCAGCAACACCACCUCCCCCCAGACCACCACCACCACUCUCGGCCAUCAGCCGACAACACCCAUGACUCCAAUACAGAUGACCCCACCGCCUCUGACCCCACACCAUCCCCACCACCCGCAUCUCCCGCCUCUAAUGCACCAUCCUCAUCAUCACGCAACCUCCGUACCGGCGGCCCACCACCCGCACGCGGGGAUGAGCAUGCACUGAGCCCGGUGGGGCCCGGAGCCGGUGCCUGCAGUACCGCUGCCGCAACGGCCCUGGGCUCCCCCCUAUCCUACCCCCUCAACCUGAACCUCAUGCAGAAUCACGCGAAUAUCAAUCCGUCUGCCGCUGCCUCCUCUACCACCGCCUCCCACCACCAUCACCACCAACAACAACAGCAACACCAAAACCACCACCAUCACCACCAUCAUCACCAUCACCACCAAUCGCACCAGCAACACUCCCGACAGAGUAACUCCUAUUCCGUGCAACAGAAUCCUGGCACGCCGGGGACCGCGCAGACUCCCUCACCCUCGUCCCCCGCGCCUGUACAUAGUCUCUAAGCGGUUUUACGAAUGAGCGCGCGCACAUACCAUACAUACACGUAACACACACGUAAUACACACACUCUCUAACGUCCAAUUUACCAUCAGACACUUUACCAUCACUACUAUCAUCAUUAUCAUUAUCAUUAUCAUCACCAUCACCAUUACCAUCACCAUCAUCAUCAUCAUCACCAUCACCA